CGGCGGCGGCGGCGGCGGGAGAGGAUGGAGGCGGCGGCCGGGGAGCUGGCGAGGCUACGGGCGGAGAGGGAAGAGCUCGAUGCCCGCAUACGCGUGCUAGAGUCGCAGCUCGAGGCCAGCCGAACGCCUCCGGCUUCGCCCGCGGGAGAGGGCGACGCAGCGGGGGCCGGCGCCGCCGCGUGCCCCAUGCGCCGCCGCGGGAAUGGGUUCGCGGCGGCCGAUGGCCUCCCGGCCGAUAUGAUCUACCGCUACAGCCGCCACCUCCUCCUCCCCGACUUCGGCGUCGAAGGCCAGCGUAAGCUCUCGCAGUCAUCGAUUUUGGUGGUCGGCGCUGGAGGAUUGGGUUCACCCGUGGCACUGUACCUAGCAGCUUGUGGUGUUGGUUGCUUGGGCAUUGUUGAUGGAGAUGAUGUUGAGCUUAAUAACCUUCAUCGACAGAUAAUCCACAAAGAAGCAUAUGUUGGUAAAUCAAAGGUGAAGUCAGCUGCCGACGCUUGUUGUGAGAUUAAUUCAUCUAUCAAGGUGAUGGAGUACCAUCAUACUUUGAAACCUUGCAAUGCUUUGGAAAUUGUGAGAAAAUAUGAUAUAGUUGUAGAUGCCACGGAUAAUCUUCCUACUCGAUACAUGAUCAGUGACUGUUGUGUGUUGCUCAAUAAGCCUCUUAUAUCUGGCGCAGCCUUAGGUUUGGAAGGACAGUUGACUGUUUAUCAUCAUAACGGAAGUCCAUGUUAUCGGUGCCUUUUCCCAAAUCCACCUCCAGUGGCAGCCUGCCAGAGAUGCUCAGACAGUGGAGUUCUUGGGGUUGUUCCUGGAGUGAUUGGCUGCCUGCAAGCCCUAGAGGCUAUAAAGGUUGCUACUGAUGUUGGUGAACCCCUAAGUGGAAGAAUGCUACUCUUUGAUGCUCUAUCUGCUCGUAUCAGAAUUGUUAAGAUCCGAGGAAGCUCGAAUGUUUGCACAGUUUGUGGAGAAAAUUCGGCUUUUACACAAGAUGAUUUUCAGAAGUUUGAUUAUGAAAACUUCACGCAGUCCCCAAUGUCCGAUAAGUCAGCGCCAAGUUUGGACCUACUUCCAGAAAGUGCCCGUGUCACUUGUACAGAAUAUAAACGGCUUGUUGAUAACGGCGAACCUCAUCUACUGUUGGAUGUACGACCUGCACAUCACUUCCAAAUUGCUUCAGUUUCUCAAUCUCUGAACAUCCCGCUUGCCGUGCUGGAGGAGAAGCUUCAAAUAGUUGAGACCUCGUUGAAGGAAACCAUGGAUGCCUCCACCCCAGACAAAAUGCCUUCGCUUUAUGUUGUAUGCCGAAGAGGCAACGACUCGCAGAUAGCUGUUCAGAUUCUCCGGGAGAAGGGAUUUCUUUCUGCCAAGGAUAUAAUUGGUGGCUUGCAGUCUUGGGCACAAGACGUAGAUCCUGAUUUCCCCGUGUAUUAGUUGAAUGGAUGUAAUGGCAGUCACAUUUGGGAUUACACGCUCAACUUUCAAUCUUGAUACAAGACUUGCUGGCUUGUCGGGAGCAUCGUAAAAUAUAGAACUGCUCGGUUUUCAUCGUCGACACUAAUUUACAGUGGUCAAGGUGAUAUGUUAUUAGACAAUAUGGCUUAAGGCUUUACCUUUCAUAAAAUAUCCUGAAUUUAAAUUCCAUUAUGACGUUUUUUUUCC